GCCUUCCUUCUGUGUAAACAUAGCAAACUGGAUAACCAGAAGAAGGAUAAUUGAAAUGUCAUAAAUAGAAAUUUAUUGUCGAAGCGGAAUUGGGCAGCAACGUCGACGGUUGUUAGUCAUGGCAGUAAAGAGUAAACGUGUAAGUGAAUACUAUACUUCACAUGAAGUAGUUGACGUAAGAAAGGAACGCAAGGUAAAAAGGGGCAAAAAGAUUUCCCGCAAUUUCACAAUUGACUGCAGUAAUCCCGUUGAAGAUGGAAUCUUUGACGUUUCGUCCUUUGAGAAGUUUCUACAGGAUCGCAUAAAAGUUGACGGCAAACCUGGAAAUUUGAAGGAUGUCAUCAAGGUCACAAGAGUGGAGUCAAAACUGCAAGUAACUGCAGAAAUUCGUCUAUCAAAACGUUACUUAAAAUACCUCACAAAGAAAUAUCUUAAGAAACAGCAGCUUCGUGACUGGCUUCAUGUCGUUGCUUGUAGCAAAAACGCAUAUGAACUUCGCUACUUCAAUAUUUCUGAGGAGGGAGAACAGGAGGAGAGUGAUGAAGAAUAAAGCCAAAAUAUUUUAGCUUUGCUCGUUUCAUUCAUAGAUGAACCCUUUACACAGUAAACUAACUGAGUUUUUGACUAUUUUUUCAGGUUAUGUUUUCAACUUGGAAACGAGUGUCGGACCGAGUCUGAAAGUAUUUUCGCGAUUACACUCUCUCGGGAAGCGUUCAGAAUUCUUAUCUAUUUCUUUCGUUACUAUGUUGAAGUUUAACAACACUUAAUAUUAUCAGAAAUUUCGGUUGUCCGAUUGUGAUUUAAUCCUGCUCAGUAGCUUAACUUGAAGUUAUGUACUUGAGGAGUUCCUAGAAAUGAAGAGGCAGUUUGGUUUGAAAAAAAUUUAUGUCAACCUGCAAAGUUUGCCCUUGUUGUAUUUCGAGCAAGAUACUCAUCCCAUUUCAAGCAAGUGUCUUGCGUUCGUUUUCGAACAGUUGGCUUUUGCUUAUCAAAGGUCAACAUUAUAAAGUAGAGAUGGAAGUUUAUCUUUUUGUGGAAAGGAAGAUGGCUAGGCAGCAAAGGACAAAUGUGCUGAGAUCAUACAAAGGUUUGAGAAGGUGAAAAGCUUGCGAGGCAGCGUAAUAAACAACUCUUUAGUAAC